GCAGUCUCAUGUAUCACAACUCACAUACCACAACAUAUCAUUCAUGCAAGCCAUGUCUACCCCUCCGUCUUCAAACCCAAACUCUCCAUCCACUAACCCGCCCAACGAAACAUCCCCUCUUAUCUCCACCCACAACCAUCCCCAUGAACUCCCAUCUCCCUCCCCUCCCUCCCCUCCCUCCGCCUCCCUCCCAACCCUCAUCCUCUACUUCAUGGCCCUCCACUUCCUCAUCGCCUUUUGCGAGAUGGUCCUCGUAGCUCCCCUCAUCUCCCUCUUCGAAUCUUCCCUCUGUCACUCUUACUACAAUUUUCCAUCGCCAAGCCUAAGCUCAAAAUUGAAUACCCAGGAGAUAACUUCAGAAAUGUGUAAAAUACCCGAGAUUCAGGGUCCAUUGGCGACGAUUAGGGGAUGGAAGAGUUUUGGGGAUACGAUACCCGUUUUACUAGUAGCGAUUCCGAUUGGGAACUUGGGAGAUCGGUAUGGAAGGAGAAAUAUUAUGGCGUUAUCUCUAAUUGGAGUUGGAUUAUCUUUGGUGGAAAUUUUUAUUGUUUGUGCAUAUCCAAAGAUCUUUGAUCUGCGUUGGGUAUGGUUAUCGUCACUGUUCCUUCUAUGUGGAGGAGGUUUGUACUCAAGUGCAGCGUUUAUGUGGGCAAUGGCAUCUUCGCUCAUACCGGAAGUUGAAAGAAGCUAUGCGUUUUAUUACAUCUUCUCGGCAUUCUAUAUUGCAGAACUUAUCGGAUCAUAUGUAGCUUCUAUCACUAUAGAUGUUUCUCCUUGGAUUGCCUGUAGUAUGGCCAUGGGAUCUGUGAUCCUGGGACUGAUUUUGUUGUGGCUGGUACCAUUUAGUCAAUCGUCUCCGAGACUAGAACUAUUAUCACCUUCAACAUCCUCCCCUUCAUCUUCAACAAGACUUCGAUCAAGGAACCUUAAAACCACCCCAAAGACCACCAUUCUCGCUACCAUCCGCCACGCCGUGAUUCAGCCUAAUGUUCUCCUUUGCAUCCCAGUCUUCCUAGUCGGAACUCUCAGAUACACAACUCUCAAUGUCUUGAUUCAAUACUCAUCGGUCCGUUUCAACACCAAGAUAUCUAAAGGAGCAAUGUUCUACACUGAAACAGCUAUUAUCAAUAUCAUCCUAUUCCUUUUCCUGAUCCCGAGGAUAACUGUUUGGAUAAAAUCGAGAUAUCAUGUGAGAUCCGAGAAAAUCGACUUAGCACUGAUGAGGAUUAGUGUAUGUUUUCUUUUGAUGGGUUCUCUUGCUAUUGGGUUAGCACCGACCAGUGGUUGGAUUCCAGCUGGUGUUUCUAUCUUCGCUGCAGGCUUCGGAUCCCGAGUUUCAACUCUUUCUCUUAUAUCCCAUUUCAUCCCCGCUUCCUCACUUGCUACUCUGUACGCCUCAAUAGCCGUGCUCGAAAACCUCGGCCAUGCUAUCAACGAUCCUUCCAUGCAACACAUAUUUGCAGCAACCUUACGUUUACCACCUGUUUGGCACGCAUUGCCCUUUUUUGUCGCCGCUAUAUGUUAUUUCUUAGCCGGUUUAUCUACGAUCUUCAUAAAGAUUGACAUUGAUGGCAUGAAAUUAGAUGAUGAAGGCCAGGAAGAAGAUUCAUGAAGAGAAUAUAAAUGUAAAUACUAAACAACGCCUACA